AUGACUGUUGAACCUGGUUUUGGUGGCCAAAAGUUUAUGGCAGAAUGUAUGCCGAAGGCAUUAAGAGAAAGAUUUCCCGAAUUAAAUAUAGAAGUGGAUGGAGGUUUAACACUUGACACGAUUGAUGAAGCAUCUAAAGCUGGAGCAAAUGUGAUUGUGGCUGGGACAUCUAUAUUUAAAGCCAAUAAUCCUAAUGAAGUAAUUAAAACAUUUAGGAAUAAAGUUACCGCUGAGCAAACUAAAUAUUCCAAAUUAGAUCAAUAA